AUGCAGUUCAAAAUGCAUUUGGAAACAGAAGAUGCAGCAGAGCGAAGAUACACUGGGGUGAUAACUGGGAUUAGUGAAUUGGAUCCUGUAAGAUGGCCUGGUUCAAAACGGAGGUGUCUAGUUGUAAGGUGGGAUGAUAUAGACACAAAGGGCCAGGAGUGGCUUGUCUGCAGCAAAACAGAAAUUCUAGUUCCUAAUGUUAUUGGAGCAUCAGACUUUGGGGAAUCUUUAAGGUUCCAGAAGGUCUCGCAAGGUCAAGAAAUUUUGGGUUUUGAUAAUCAUUCUGAGGGUUUAGGUGGUCAGAAUCAGCAUCCAUCUGAACCAAGGAGGGGUUUUCAUGGUUCUAGUGGUCCUGGGAUUGCUGCUGGUGCUGGAGGUAAUGGUCUCAGAAAGUCACUUGCAGACUCUGAGAUUACCUCAACUGGCAUAGGCUUUGGGGAAUCAUUCCGAUUCCAUAAGGUCUUGCCAGGUCAAGAAAUAUUUCCAAGCCCACCAUAUGGAAGAGCUUCCACUACUAACGAGGCUCAUGAGUAUGGUGGCCCUGGAAUCUAUGGUGGUUUUCAGGCGCCAAGCUUUAGAAAUGGGCGGUGUGCCAUGUUGCAGAGCAAUAGUACACACGUGCACCCAUCUGCCUCGUCUGUGCGAGUUUCAUCACCAUCAUCUGUGUUAAUGUUCCAGCAAGCAAUGAAUCGGGUACCGGAAUUCAAUUCAGUAUACAAUGGUCAUGACCAGGAGGAACAGAGAGUUAUUAAACGAACUCCAUACAUCUCUGAAUCAGAUGGUGGAAAGCAAGCAUCAUCCUCAUUUUGUGAACGUAGCUUCAGCAGGGAAGAUCGUGGAGGCAUGAAUUCUUACAAUCAACGCGGUAUCUCAAAUCAUCCUGUAAUAAGUCAGUCAACAUUUAGUGGCAGAGUCAGGAUACGGUUUCACCGUACAAAGGCAGCUGUAGACUCUUUGGUUUACCGUUGUCUGAGGAAAAACGUGUCCCAGACAGAGAACAACUCGACCUCAAGUUUAUCUACAUUAAAUCCUGGAUCUUCCUUGUUUCCCAAUGUUGGAGUGCAGUUUCAUUCAAAGCCUGCUUUAAUGACAUCAGCAGUUGGAAGGAAUUAA